AGGAAUAUUAUAGCUAGGUGGGCUGCAAGUGGUUUAUUUCCGUUCAAUCCCGACAGAGUAAUCCGACAUACACCGAAGCCUCCCGCCGAACUUACCAUUCCAAAUAAGGUGGUAAGGCCGCAAGACGAAGCACUGCAAACGCCUAUCUCGCCUACAACUCCAGUGACAACACAGGCCCUUACAUCGUUGCAUAAUCUGAUCAAACAGGAGGCUAAUAAGCCAGGCAGCAAACAGCGCCUACAGAGGCAUGUACAGAAGCUCGCCAGUGCCGCUCAGAUAUCCUUUGCCAAACAAACCCUACUUCAGGAUCAGAAUCGAUUCUUAUACAAACUCAACAAAGAAGCCAAACGUCGCCGAUCAACCAAGUCAUUGAUCCUAGGGAAGGCGAAGGUAAUGAGCUAUAAGGACCUUAAAGAGGCACGAGCGAACCGUGCUGCAAAGGACACAGCUAAGGGCAAGGGAAAAGGAAAACGCGGUCGUCUGCGCAAGAAUCCUGCGCCGGAGGCAGAGGCAGAGGCAAGCAAGGGAAAGCGCGUGGCGCGGAUGAGUGAAGUUGAGCCAGCGAAGGUCCCAGAAGCGCCAUUUAGGGCCCCAGUGGCGCGCAUGUACUAA